GCCGAGGGAAGCGGGGCGGGCCGAUGACAGGCGGAACACUGCGCCAAUGGGGCGGCGGGGCGGGGUGCGGCGGUCACCUGACCGGGACGGCGCCGGACCCCCCCCCUGCUGCCCCCAGACCACGGCGCUGACCCAGGGGCUGGAGCGCAUUCCGGACCAGCUGGGCUACCUGGUCAUCAGCGAUGGGGCCGUGCUGGCGUCAUCAGGCGACCUAGAGAACGAUGAGCAGACAGCCGCCAUCCUCUCGGAGCUGGUGGCCACAGCCUGUGGGCUGCGGCUCCAGCGCGGCCAUGACCCCCCCUUUAAGCGCCUCUCCGUGGUGUUCGGGGAACACUCCCUCCUCGUCACUGUCUCUGGACAGAAGCUCUUCGUGGUGAAGCGGCAGAACCACGUCCAGGAGCCCGUUGCCGUCUGAGACGCACCCCCGCUGUCGCCAAGGCGGGGGACAGUCCCCCUCAUCCCCACUGUCCGCAGGGCCUCAGGGUAGCGGAGGACCGGCUCCCCUGUCCCUGCUGGCCCCAGGGCCCUGCAGCGACACCCAGUCGCGUCCCUGUCACCUCGAGGGCCUUGGGGACUGGUCCUCCAUGUCCGUGCAGUCCCCAAGGCCACGUGGUGUUCCCCGUGUGCCUCGGGUCCCCACAGCAUCACCACACACACACUGUCCCUCUAUUGAGGCAAUAAAUUAUGUCCUGGA